CUUUUGACAAUGUAUGCAGUACACCAAAAAUACUCCGAGGGGCACUAUUUACCAAUUUUAGCCUUUUAAAAACGUAUCUACACCCCCUGAUUUAAUAUUAAAGUAGAGAAUAGAGACUCUAUAGGCUAUCCAUGAACGCGACGCAAACGACAGAAGCUAUGGUGUGGCAGUCCAACACUAAGAAAAAAAUACCGAUAUUUGUUAUAUUAAAUGUAACGUUAAAUUCCAUUGGCAAUUAUUUGUUUUGAACAGUAAGACUACGGGUAAACUGUUGUGUGAUAACAUGAUGAAGAAAUCCGAGGUUAUUUUUUAUUUUCGUGCGUUGUUCUUGAUUGCAUGUAUUGCUAUGUCUGUACGCACUUGCAAUGGCGAUCUGAGUUAUUCCGUGCCAGAAGAAAUGAAGAAAGGGACAAUGUUCGGCAACGUAGCAAAAUAUCUUGGUCUCAGUGUUAAAGGACUAUCGGAUCGUAAGGCUCGAAUAGACAUGGAAGGAAACGGCAAACGUUUUUGCGAUCUUCAGGGAGGAGAAUUGGUUACUGCAGAAAGAAUAGACCGCGAGGAGCUCUGCGGGUCAAAGCCGUCAUGCUCGUUAAACUAUGAAUUGGUUUUGGAGAACCCUUUGGAAUCACAUCGGAUUACACUGCAGAUUGAGGAUAUAAACGACAACCCACCUCGUUUUCCGAAAAGCGAGAUCAAACUCGAAAUCGGGGAAUCUGCCGAUAAAGGCGCACGUUUCCCUUUAAAUGAGGCGCACGAUUCCGACGUUGGGCAAAACGGAAUUCAAAGCUAUUCUCUGGAGAAGAACGAAUAUUUUACCCUAGCUGUGAAUUCUAAUUCGGACGGAAGAAAAUACAGUGAAUUAGUAUUGGAUAAAGAGCUUGAUCGUGAGCAGGAGCAAGAGGUGACAUUAUUGCUUACAGCCAGUGACGGAGGUUCUCCACAAAGGUCUGGUACUGCAGUGAUACGUGUCAUUGUCCUUGACGCCAACGAUAAUCUUCCAGUAUUCAGUGAAAGCAUUUACAAAGUUAGUCUACCCGAAAACUCUCCUUUGGGAACUGUUGUUGUGACCGUUACUGCUACAGACGCAGAUGAAGGAGCGAAUGGAGAGGUCACCUAUGAAUUUAGUCACAUAUCUGAUAAAGCGCUCAGACUGUUUUCUAUUGAUGAAGUAACUGGAGAGAUCAAAGUAAUUGGACCUAUAGACUAUGAGGACAAAUAUGAGUAUGAAUUAAGGGUUCUGGCCAAAGAUGGGGCAGGGUUGGCAUCUAAUGCCAAAGUUGAUAUAGAGAUCACAGAUGUUAAUGACAAUGCUCCUGUGAUAUCUAUUAAAUCACUUAACGCACCAAUUCCUGAAAAUGUAGGACCAGGCACUGAAGUAGGGAUUAUUAAUGUCCAGGAUAAAGAUACUGGGGGAAACAGACAGGUUCGCUGCUCCAUUCAGCAGAAUGUUCCAUUCAAAUUAAAUCCAUCUAUUAAAAACUACUACACGCUGGUUACUACAGCUGAACUGGACCGUGAGCUUGUAGGUGAUUAUAACAUAACAAUAACAGCUACUGAUGAAGGCUCCCCGCCAUUGUCUUCCUCUAAAACGAUACAUCUCUCUGUGUCUGAUGUAAAUGACAACCCCCCUGUAUUUGAGGAGCAGUCCUACAGCGCAUAUGUGACUGAGAAUAACAAGCCUGGCUCCUCUGUCUGUUCUGUUACUGCGAGAGACCCAGACUGGAGACAGAAUGGCACAGUGUUCUACUCUCUGUUGCCCAGUGAGGUCAAUGGUGUUCCGGUCUCCUCAUAUUUAUCCAUUAAUGGAGACACAGGGGUGAUCCAUGCUGUGAGGCCCUUUGACUAUGAGCAGUUCAGAAGCUUCAAAGUUCAGGUUGUAGCCAGAGACAAUGGUUCUCCUCCACUCAGCAGCAACGUGACUGUGAGUGUGUUCCUAACAGAUGAGAAUGAUAACUCUCCUCAGAUAUUAUACCCUACUCCAGAAGGAAACUCCUUCAUGACUGAAAUGGUUCCUAAAGCUGCUCUUUCUGGCUCGCUGGUCUCCAAAGUGAUCGCUGUUGAUGCUGACUCUGGACAGAACUCGUGGCUGUCAUAUCAGAUCGUCAAGUCGGCUGAUCCGGGACUUUUCACUAUUGGUCUCCACAGUGGAGAGAUCAGGGCUCAGAGGGACAUUUCUGAAUCUGACAGCAUGAAGCAGAACCUUGUGAUCUCAGUGAAAGAUAACGGACAGCCCUCUCUCUCUACAACCUGUGCCGUAUAUUUACUCAUCUCUGAUAACUUGGCUGAAGUUCCUGAACUGAAAGACAUGUCUUAUGAGGAGAGCAAUUCUAAACUCACAUCUUAUCUGAUCAUUGCUCUGGUCUCCGUUUCUACCUUUUUCCUCACUUUUAUCAUUCUGAUUGUGGCCAUAAGGGUUUGCCACAGAAGAAAGCCCAGACUGUUGUUUGAUGGAGCAGUAGCCAUUCCCAGUGCAUAUUUACCUCCCAACUAUGCAGAUGUUGAUGGAACUGGAACUCUCCGUAGCGCUUACAACUAUGACGCCUAUAUGACGACUGGGUCACGUACGAGUGACUUCAAGUUUGUUACAUCCUACAAUGACAACACGCUGCCUUCUGGCACCACUCUGAAGAGGAGCCCAGUUGACAACAGUGACUGUCUUAACUUCACUUCACUUGACUUCAUUGAGAAUGGAUCAAAAUGCUCCACUCUGGUAAAUAAAUUAAAUCUUUACUUGUUGGAAUAUUUUUUUAUAAUUGUAUGUUUCAAUAUAAAGAUGUGGUGUCUUUCUAAGGACUUAGGACAAGGCAAUAUUUGUGCUUUUUUGUCCAUUCAAACACUUUGCAUUACAUUUUAGCAACUGCUGAAUUUC